AUGUCAACCGACCCCGAAAUCCAUACCUCCCCACCUCCCCAACCCUCUCCCGGGAACCAAAACACCCUCCCAUCCGACUUCAGCCUAACUGACAAGGUAGCCCUAGUCUCAGGCGCCGGUCGCGGCCUAGGCCUGACCAUAGCAGAAGCUCUAUUACAAGCGGGGGCCAGAGUGUACGCUCUAGACCGCAUAAAGGCCCCGACACCGGAGCUCAUACACGUCCAGCAGCGUGCCAAGGACUUGGGUACCGAGCUGCAGUAUCGCUGUGUCGACGUGCGUGACACAGACUUGCUCAAUACCACCAUCGAGGAUAUCGCCAAUCAUGAGUGUCGUAUAGAUGGCCUAGUUGCUGCUGCUGCUAUUCAGCAGGAGACGUCCGCCCUUGAUUACCCUGCUGAGGAUAGUGAUGCGUUGCUCGAGGUUAAUGUGACGGGUGUGUUUAUGACGGCUCAGGCGGUGGCGAGGCAGAUGAUUCGGUUCGGGACUAAGAGUAGUAUUGUGUUAGUUGCUAGCAUGAGCGGGACUAUCGCGAAUAGGGGAUUGAUCUGUCCAGUCUACAACGCAAGCAAAGCAGCCGUCAUCCAGCUCGCCCGCAACCUCGCCGCUGAAUGGGGCCAAUAUAAUAUUCGCGUUAACACCCUCUCGCCCGGCUACGCUCUUACUUCUAUGUUGGAGUUGCUGUUCAUCGAGUACCCAGAGCGCCGCGAGCAGUUUGCUAAGGAGAAUAUGCUGGGCCGUCUAUCUCAUCCCAGGGAAUAUCGCGGUGCUGCUGUCUUCUUGCUUUCUAAUGCUAGCAGUUUUAUGACUGGCAGUGAUCUCCGCAUAGAUGGUGGCCAUGCUGCGUGGUGA